AUGCUCACAACACCACUAUUAUCACUAUUCCUCCUUCUCCCCACACUCGCCCUGGGCGAUUCUGGGCACAACAACCGUAUGGACAUCCGAUCUCACGCCAGACAACGAAACCAUGCUAGAGCAGCAGCAUUGCAGGAGAACGAAUCCCGCAUGCUCAGAAGGGAGUUCAACGAUGCCGUCGAACAUAAGAUGGCCCGUAAAUUAUCUCGAGGUGGAUUAGAGUUCGCCAAAAGAAAAGCAGAUGGAACUCAAUGUAGACCUAAGAACGGUACUGUCCCAACUACAUCUUGGAAGAAUGCUUCUCCAAGUUCAACCGCUACUUCAACUUCCGUAGUAGCUUCUUCUGCUGCUGCUGCUUCUUCCGACGUCGCCACUACGACAACUUCAACCGACCAAGCUCAAGCUACCGCUUCUUCUACCACCGACCAACAGGCUACAUCAUCUUCCUCUGCCGACAGCUCCGCCGCUACGGGUGUAUCAUUGGUUUCGACACCCGCGUCGUACGCCGGCCAUACACCUAAUGGAAACAAGGCAGGUGUCAGUGCGGGUGAUUCUUUGAGUUGGUUGUCAGGUAAAUUAGGUUGGUGGUAUGAUUGGUCCGCAACUCCUUCAGGAUCAUGUGGGAAUGCCGUAUCAGUACCUAUGAUCUGGGGAGGUGGAACUGCCGAUAUUGAUGAUGCAUCUCGUCUGGAAGCCUUCAAGUCGUUGAACUACGUACCUCAAUAUAUCAUCGGUUUCGAGGAACCUGAUUGUGCAGCUGGAUCAGGAAGUGCAGGUAUGGACGUUAGUACUGCCAUCUCCAUCUGGAACCAAUACGUGGUACCUAAAGGAGAAGCAGGUUCGAUCUUGGUCGGUCCAUCAAUGUGUAAACAAGCUGCAGAAAGCGGCUGGUUAGGUCCUUUCAUGGCGGGAGUCACUAGAAAACCCGAUAUCAUGAAUAUCCACGUCAACAAGAACAGCGCUGCUGGUAUUUACGCUGAUAUCGACCACUACUAUAACACCUAUGGUCUACCAAUCUGGGUUACCGAAUUCGCUUGUGUAGACGAUUCGACGAGCUUCAUACCUUGUACCGACCAAAGUGAAAUCAACAGUUUCAUCCAUACCGCCGUCGACAUCUUCGAGUCAGAUUCGAGAAUCGCAGGUUACGCUUAUUCCAACGGUUAUGGUUUAGGUGAUGUUUGGCCAAUGGUCUCGAACGGUCAACUGACUGCUUCCGGUCAAACUUAUUUGGCUGCUUUGAGCAAAUACCAUUAA